UACAAAAACAUUGUACACGUGAAAUUGUUUUGGUAAAGUGGUAAAUUAGUUUAAAUUAAAUUAUCUAACUGAAGACGUAGUGAAUAGUCUAUUGAAAUGGAAACUAUAAGCCUAAAACAGCGUUUCCUUGAGGAUAAUCUGCAAUACAAAGAAAUAAAAGCAAGUACUGAAUUAACCACAAUCGGUCAAUUUCAAGACAUUGAUGAAAUUGAGGAUGAGAUUUGGGUCCUACAAUGUCCGAAAGGAUAUAAUAUAGGAGAAAAUUUGAAAAAUCAAAAAUUAAAGCUCCCUGGUCGUACCAAUUUUAAUUCAGCUGAAGCUGUAGCGGUAGAAUAUGCCGAGCCGGAGACACGUGCCUUUGGCUAUUGCAAUCGCAAAGGCCGUUAUUCCCUGCGACUGUUACCAGUAAAGGGAAGCAUUUUACUUCGUGAUCGCUUAAAAGCGCCUGAAGCGGUGACGUUAGAAAAUGCUGAAGCAUUGUGCCCACCAGAAAGUCGCGUUCCAUUUCCUGACAUGAUUAAGGUUCGUCAUCCUUUGCAUGGCCACCAAUUCGACAAAAGCUUACGAAUAAACAAAUCCAUAGCAGAACGUUUGAAAAAGGCGGAUGAAAUAUCGGCGAAGUUAACGUAUGAGUCGGCUUCAAAUAGGACAACUGUGAAAUCUCAAAAUAACAACUUGUCCUAUCAGAAGCAAAAAUCCAAACCCAUUUCUGCCGUAAUUGAAAUUAACUUAAUUGAUGACGACAACGUUGAAUUUCUCGGUGAAAAAAAGCCAAAGAAAAAGGAAAAUAAACGGAAGCGGAACGAUAGCACAAUAGUAGAAGGACAAUCAACCGCGGUGAUUCCAAAGAAGAAGAAUAAAUACAGUAAGGGCGAAGAAGUCGCAAAAGAAUUACAAUGGCUCCAAAAUAUUUGAUUACACUUGACUUUUGUUUAAAUAAAUUCUUUUAUUACAAUA